UCCAAUCCAAUCAUCGCUGUUCCCAGCUGAUCACCAUAAUAAUUUCCGCACGUGUGUUUAAAUUGUUUACAUUUUUCAAGAAAUUACACAUUAAAAUGGGAAAGCACAAGAAGACGCAGAAAGUGAAGAAACAGCGCAAUGCGCAACUGAAACGCAUGAUGAAGCCAACGGACACUCGCAUUAAGGAUCAGAUUCGGGUCAAAAGAAAAAAGGCUGAGGAUCCACACCAGCUCAAGGUGCACGAGGCCACUCAGCAGAGCUCCGCCCUGUUCUUCCAGUAUAACACCCAGCUGGGACCGCCGUACCACAUCGUCUUGGACACGAACUUCAUCAACUUUAGCAUCAAAAACAAACUGGACAUCGUGCAGGGAAUGAUGGACUGCCUGUACGCGAAGUGCAUACCCUACAUCUCUGACUGCGUGCGGGCCGAGCUUGAGAAGCUGGGCAACAAGUACAAGCUGGCCCUGCGCAUCAUUUCCGAUCCGCGGUUCGAGCGACUGCCCUGCCUGCACAAGGGCACCUAUGCGGACGACUGCCUGGUGGAGCGGGUGCGCCAGCACAAGUGCUACAUCGUGGCCACCAACGACAAGGACCUAAAGAACCGCAUCCGCAAGAUUCCGGGUGUGCCCAUCAUGUACGUGGCGGCGCACAAGUACGCGAUCGAGCGGAUGCCGGAGGCCUACGGAGUGAAGGCGUAGAUAUUUUGCUUAUCAAUCCUAAGUGUAAUGUUUUAAAUAUAAAAUUAAUUUAAGCGGCAAA